UGGUAGCCACUUCAUGUUAGCUAACGAGCUAACAGCCGCGGAUGUUUUACCGGUCACAUGUUGCUCGGUUCCUCAAAGGAUCUACGAUCAACCGUUUACCGGAGCCCAGCGGCCCGUCCACCGUCCUCUCCCCGAGCUCCAGCGUCUCCUCCCGGGGCUCCACCGUCCUCUCCCCGAGCUCCAGCGUCUCCUCCCGGGGCUCCACCGUCCUCUCCCCGAGCUCCAGCCUCUUCUUCCAGGGCUCCACCGUCCUCUCCCCGAGCUCCAGCGUCUCCUUCCGGGGCUCCAGCCUCUUCUUCCCGAGCUCCACCGUCUCCUCCCGGGGCUCCACCGUCUCCUCCGCCUGGUCAAGACGUUUCUCCUACAACCCACCAAUGCCCCAGAAACAGAAAAGCGUGAAGGCCCAGCAGCCCGGAGCAGAGCCCGAGGCCUCCGGUCCGGUGGUUCGAGACCGACACGGUGCCCUAACCAUCACGGUGCACGCCAAGCCCGGCUCCAAACACAGCGCCAUCACAGACGUCUCCGAGGAGGCGGUGGGAGUUUCCAUCGCUGCCCCCCCCACGGAUGGAGAAGCCAACACUGAGCUGAUUCGCUUCCUGGCUCAAGUCCUGGACCUGAAGAAAAGUCACGUCUCUCUCCACAAGGGCUCCAGGUCCAGGGACAAACUGGUCAGAGUGGACUCCUCCCUCAGUGUGGAGGAGGUGUUGAGGAGGCUCAGAGGAGACGCACGCACGUGACCUGUAAUAAGUGCUUCACAGCUGGACCAGUGGGACCAGUGGGACGCCGGAGCAUCACCAUGACAGGACGGGAUGAGUGAACGUCUGAAGUGAAUCAUUGAAGUGUCACAUGAUUAAAUCAACUGUUGAGGAUUACACAGAUUCUGAGCUGAGGGAUUAAAUAUUAAACAUGUUUUAUCGUCUCCUGCAUCUUAAUCCCAAACACAUUCCAGCAGAACUGUGUAAACACAACUGUGAGCAGUAGGUGGCGCUGUGUUCCUGUGAGAUCUGAACACAACACACCAGUUCAUCAUGUCACCAACAUGCACACGUUUAUCCUGAGACAACAUGGACCGACUCUAAUUCUGAUGCUAAUGACACUUUACUAAAAUGUUUUUAGACAUUAAUUCAACUAGUACAAAUACGACACUAAUACAAUACUAAUCAUUUCUAAAACACAAUGGUAAUCAUGUUUAGAAACUAACAACCAGGGAGUGUGAGCAGCACUGUGCCAAAGUUUUAUUGUGAAAGGAAGAAAAAGCUGCAACUAACGUUUGUUUCUGAAAAAUUAAGACCCAGACGCAAGACGUCAAAAACAGCAACAUGUAAAAAGUUCAUCUUAAACAUAAUUAAGCAGAUGAAACAGCUCUGAUGAUUCUAAUGAGUUAAAGUGACUGACCUUUUAAAUUCCCUGAUGAAGGACGUGAACAUCAGGACAGAUGUUGAGUCAGAAUCUAGGUUCACGGUCUCAAGUGCUGGACUUGGACCAUCAGGGCCACAGCCUACGUGGAUGUGGGUCCAAGGGGCCCCAGUGGGAACCACCAGACCACAGACUGUAUAUCAGGUGAACACAUGUAGGAUCAUGACCACAUCUACUAAUGAAACUCUGAAUCAGAUUUCUAACUUUUUUUAAUCCCCAAAACUCUGUUGUGUAGUGAAAUGGUGGAUGUGUUGAUUUAAAUCAGCUGAUCAUUGGAGUCAUAUAUUUGAUGAUUUGAAGUAGUUACUUUUCAAACUAUUUAAAAAGCAGAGUAGGGACCUCUGAUUGUUUAAGGAGACAUGUUCACUGAAAAUGUAUACAGAUGUUUAUUUCUGCUUGAAUUCAAGUUCUAUAGGGUUAGGCUAACCCUUUUCUUCAGUCAUUUAUAAUUACACUGUAAAAUAUGAAGCCUCAGAUCACUGAUAAAUUCCAUAACUCUAGUGAAUGAGGGAGUUUUUCCUCCGGUCACCAAAGUGCUGCUCAUUGUGGGAACUUCUCUAUGAAACAUUUUACGUUCCGGACCUUCAAUGUAAAGUGGACAUUGUGAUUUUGUUCUGUAUAAAUAAAAUUGAACUGAAAUUGUUUGAA